AAUCAAGUUAACAUGGUUAAACAUCAGGUACAUCACUUGCACCCAUUGUUUCAGCAGUCGGUAGCAGGGGAAAUGGAGAUGGAACACAGGGAGAAUACAGCAAUAAUACUGGCUCAGGUUCUAUGCGGGUUCUCCCUGUGAGAAAUGUGAUUGCAGCAGCUGUCCCAUCGCGUCCUCCUGUAGUGACUGUUCCAAGUGCCGCACAGCCUGGUUUAGGUGUUUCUGCUUCACAGCCAUCUCCUGUUGUUUCUGCUUCACAGCCAUCUCCUGUUGUUUCUGCUUCACAGCCAUCACCUGUUGUUUCUGCUUCACAGCCAUCUCGCUCUGCUUACCAAUCGUCUCUUGCUGCUGAGAUUAAUUCACGAAUCAGGGAUCACAUUCGUAACAUGCAAGGAGAAAGCCAGGUUGGAUCAGGUCAAAGAGAGUCAACUGUGGAGGGUUCAACUGUCAGAACUGAUGCAGGUCGUGUCUUUAGCAACGAACAUCUUAAUGAUGUAGAUACUGGAGCUGAGGAAUAUCAUAAUUCCUUGCCUAGAUUCCCACAAGGAAGUGAUGGCUUGAAGGACCAACCACAACCCAAAUGCGAAGGCAACAUAAGUAGUAAAGAGGAAGGGAGUGAUUCAAGCUCCAAAGCUGCAUCAACUUGCUCUGUUGGUGAAUCUUCAAGUUGUUCAAUUGGCGAGUCCCCGGCUGUUCCCCUUGGAUUGGGACUGGGGAGUUUGGAGCGUAAGAGAUGUAGCAAGCAGGCAAAAUUAGGGGUCAAGAAUGGUGGUGGAAUAAAUACAAAUAAUGUCUCGUUUGAUCAGAACCGUAGCCCUGUAACUAAUGGCCGGCAGGUUCUGCAAUCUCUUGCCGCCAGCAGCUCUGCUGGAAAUACGUUAGGGACAGACGAUUCACACUCGAGUCAACUACCCUCUGCUAGAAUGAUGGAGAAUAGGGCAGGAAGGAGGCAAGAUUCUAAUAAUAGACGGGACACUGCUAAUGUGAUGUCUCAGGUCCUUCAAGGCCCUGCAUUAGAUGGUUUGCUGGCAGGCAUUUCAGGCCAAGCGGGUGUUGGUUCUCCAAAUGUGUUGAGAAAUAUGCUGCAACAAUUAACCCAGAGUCCUCAGAUCAUGAACACCGUCAAUCAAAUUGCUCAGCAGGUCGACAGCCAGGAUCUUGAUAAUAUGUUUUCAGGGUCAGGCGGACAAGGUGGUGGCAUUGAUUUGUCUAGGAUGGUCCAACAGAUGAUGCCUAUUGUCUCCCGUGCUUUUGGUGGUGGAUCUACUGCAUCUCAUCAGCCAUUUCCUGCUGUGGAACCUGAACCACUACAGAAUGAUGAGAGAACAAGCGGGGCUGACAAGCCUGUUGAUCAAGAUAUUCAGAUAAACAUUCAGCCAGUAGCUCAAAUGAUUGAACAUGCCAGUUCACCAGGAGAUGUUUUCCAUGCUAUUGUUGAAAAUGCUGUUCAGUUGCAUGGCACUAGAAGUACUAAUGAAGAUCUCAUGAAUGAGUUAUUCAGCAAUGAGGAUCUUGCUAGCGAAUAUGCAGAAAUGCUAAGACGAGAUAUAUAUCAACGGUUUCAAGAUGACUUGGGACAGGACAAGUGAUAAUUUUUUCUAUUUGUUUCUUUGGGAGUGGGAUUUUUUCACUAUAAAAUGGUGGGACAGCACGCUGAUCACAGGGCUUUUCAAUUGGUAUUGCACUCUUAAUUAGAGUACUGUACAAAUUAGGUAUUUAAGAUGUGCUUUUGAAGUUAUAGUUGAUUGCAAAUUACAGUUUAUCUGUCAGUCCUUAAUAUGCUGUUUCUGAUUCAUUCUAAAAUUAAUAUGAAUUCAUGAACUCCAGUUUUUUUGGAGGAUGAGAAGUGUAAUUUUUCGUUUGUCAACUAGAGAUUAUUUUGAUUUUUGGAA